CCCUCGACUCGCCACAAUGCUGUACCUCCUCGAUUACGGUGCAGGCAACGUAGCUUCGCUCGCCAACUCGGUGCGCAAGCUCGGCUACGAGUUCAAGUGGGUCCAGACGCCCGAGGACAUCGACAAGGCCGACCGCAUCCUGUUCCCGGGCGUCGGCGCGUUCGGCUCCGCCAUGGCCGGCCUCCGCAAGCGCGGCUUCGUCGAGCCGCUCAAGGCCUACAUCGCGUCGGGCCGGCCCUACAUGGGCAUCUGCAUCGGCAUGCAGGCCCUGUUCGAGGAGUCGGACGAGUCGCCCGAGGACAAGGGCCUCGGCAUCAUCCCGGCCAAGGUCGGCCGCUUCUCGUCGGCCGACAAGAGCGUCCCGUGCAUGGGCUACAACGGCGCGACCGAGCGUCGCGACAUCGGCGACGAGGGCCGCGAGGCGUACGGCCUCGGCGACGGCGGCGACAGCUACUACUUCGUCCACUCGUACCGCGUCGACGCGACCCAGCCGGGCGUCGAGGACUGGUCCCUCACGUGGACCCAGUACGGCGACGAGAAGUACGUCUCGUCGGUCCAGAAGGGCAACGUGUUCGGCACCCAGUUCCACCCGGAGAAGAGCGGCGCCGCCGGCCUCGCCGUCGUCGAGGCGUGGCUCCGGUCGACCGACCCGACCAAGGGCGGCAAGGGCAUGCUCGACACGAGCGUCAAGCCGCUGCGCCCCAUCACCGACGUCGACGCCGACCUCGUCCGCAAGGGCUUCACCAAGCGCAUCGUCGCGUGCCUCGACGUGCGCGCCAACGACGACGGCGACCUCGUCGUGACCAAGGGCGACCAGUACGACGUGCGCGAGGCCGACGACUCGGCGACGACCGCCGACGAGCACGCGUCGGGCGCACCUGAAGAGUCGGCCGCGACGUCGCCCUCUGCGCCCGUCGCCGAGACGACCCUCCCGACCUCGACCUCGACCGUUUCGUCCGACCCGUCGGCGCCUCCUCCCGCCAAGCGCCAGCGCCAGGUGCGCAACCUCGGCAAGCCUGUCGACCUCGCACGGCGGUACUACGCCGAGGGCGCCGACGAGGUCGCGUUCCUCAACAUCACGUCGUUCCGCUCGUGCCCGCUCCACGACCAGCCCAUGCUCGACGUCAUCCGGCAGGCCGCCGAGACGGUCUUUGUCCCGCUCACGAUCGGCGGCGGCAUUCGCGACACGACCGACCCGGACGGCACGUCGCGCUCGGCGCUCGAGGUCGCGGGCACCUACUUCCGGUGCGGCGCCGACAAGGUGUCGAUCGGCUCGGACGCCGUCUUUGCCGUCGAGGAGCUCCUCGCCGCCGACGGCGCCAAGUCGGGCAAGUCGGGCAUCGAGCAGAUCUCGUACGCGUACGGCGCGCAGGCCGUCGUCGUCUCGUUCGACCCGAAGCGCGUGUACGCCGCCUCGCUCGACGACAUUCCCGCCGUCCACCGCCCGUCGGCCGUCGACCUGUCUGCGCCGCUCGCGUCGACGCCCGACACGCCGCUGCGCGCCGACCUCGGGCCCAAGGGCGAGCAGUUCUGCUGGUACCAGUGCACGGUGCGCGGCGGGCGCGAGACGCGCGACAUCGACGUCGUCCAGCUCGCGCAGGGCGUCGAGAAGCUCGGCGCCGGCGAGAUCCUCCUCAACUCGGUCGACAAGGACGGGUCCAAGUCGGGCUUCGACUGCCGCCUCGUCGACCUCGUGCGCCGCAGCGUCGGGAUCCCGGUCGUCGCGUCGAGCGGCGCGGGCAAGGUCGACGACUUCAGCGAGGUGUUUGCGGUGACGGACGUCGAGGCGGCACUCGCGGCGGGCAUCUUCCACCGCAAGGAGGUGCCGAUCGAGGACGUCAAGGCGCACCUCGUCAAGGAGGGCGUCAAGGUCAGGCGCGUUUAGAGCACGGUUCGGCGCGGUAGACUAGACGGUCGAGCACUGUAAUUCAUCGCGCUUAGUCUCUAUC